CAAUGGUGGCAUAUGAUGCAGCUAUGUACCUAUUUGGUUGUAAAGCCUGCCCUGAGAGUAAUGCAAAUAUGGAGGGAAACACACCAUCUGGUGUAUUUCAAAACACCACUCAUGGGUGCAGGCUGCAGGAUCUGUACUUGGCUUCGGAGCACUACUUUGGUUCUGUCCGAAUGCUCAAGUUGGUCAUCCAAAAAUCUCUUGACUGUCGAUUUUCUCACGGAAGAUGCAAAUUCGUUUCUCGUGGUUCUAUAAAUUCAGUCUAUUUCAAGUUGAAGUACAUUUUAGGAUGCCCUCACUGCAUUGAGGUAGAGGUUUGUCAGAAUCCCGGUAGCCUGGAAUGUUUGGUAAAAUGGCUGCCAGCCCUCAAGACUUUAUUUCACGCAAUACAAGAUGCAGGCUCCGAAGCAUCUGACUGUCGAUUUAUUGUAAACAAGUUCGCUGGAGGAGAAGUUGAAAAGAGCGUCCUGUCGUUGAUGAAUUUCCAUAAGAAUCUUUUCACUUUAUCUAGUUUAGCAAGUUCAGUUAAUGUAAGUAUCAUCAUACUUGAUAUUUCGAAUAGUUUAAAAUCGUCACUUGCCAGAGUUUUAUUCAAGGAAGCAUGUCUUUUCGAAGAGAAGUAGAGAGCCGUCAAUUUUACUAUGUAUUAUAAUUACUUACCAAUGCUAAAUAAAGUGGUCUAGGGUUGUUUAAAACAAAGAUGAAAAUUCUGGGCCAAUGAAAAACUUGUAUCCGCCGCUCUUCAUGAUAUACAGUGGAGCCUCCAUAUCCACUGUUGAGAGGUGUCCGAUGUGUUGAGGUCAGGGGCGUCGCGAACGGGGGGUGUGAGGGUGAAACACCCCCUAAUAGUAUCUCAAUAGGAAAUUUCAGGCAAAAUCUGAUCGGUGGAAGAAACGCUUUAGUUAUUUAAGAGACCGUCAUGUCAUAAAAUCAAUAAAGGAUCAAGCAAAGCGAGUUGCUACGUUGGUUGAAUAUGAAUAAAUGUAAACAAACUAAUAAUUUGGAGAUUUGAACAUUUCUUGUUGUCUCCAAAUCUAAAAAUCCAGGCCCUUUUUUGGUAAAAUUGUGUCUUGUGUGCAUUUCCCCUAACAUUCAAAAGGCAUGCUAAGACGGAAAGCGGGAUCUAAAUUGACUACCAGUGCUUUUUGUUACCUAGCUUUAGAAGUAACUGACAACAUGGUAUUUUUCAAGACCAAAUUGUACCAGUUGUUUUUAUCUGCUGUUCAAUUUGUUUGCAAAAAAAAUUUUCGAUAGCAUUAGAAAGAUUGCUUUAGUGAAAUGUGCUUAAAUGAUUGCAUUUUCCAGGGAACUAGAAGCAUCAAAAUUCGAAAAUUUCCUCCUAACUAUAUCCUUUACCCGUUCCGAUAUAGAGAUUUGACAAAACUAAUAGGAAAGUCCCUUUUUAUACAAUA